GGACCCCGGGACUCGGACCCGGCGUCCCGGCGUCCCGGUCCAUUUUGGCUCGGCCCCCAUGGAGGGGACCUUGGAGCCCCAGACGCCUGACCUGCGGGACGUGGAGGGCAAGGUGGGCAGGAAGACCCCGGAGGGGCUGCUCCGCGGGCUGCGGGGCGAAUGCGAGCCGGGGCCCCGCGGCUCCCCGCCGCCCCCGGGGGCGCCGGGCCCCGACACCGGCCUGGGGGACAAGAUCACGGCCCUGAGGAUGGAGCUGGCUUACCUGCGAGUCAUCGAUGUGAAAAUCCUGCAGCAGCUGGUGACGUUGAACGAGGGUAUCGAGGCCGUGCGCUGGCUGUUGGAGGAGCGGGGGAUGUUGACCAGCCAUUGCAGUAGCCUCACCAGCAGCCAGUAUAGCCUGACAGGCGGGAGCCCAGGCCGCUCAAGGCGAGGCAGCUGGGAUAGCCUGCCAGACACCAAUUCCACUGACCGGCUGGACAGUGUCUCUAUUGGCAGCUUCUUGGACACCGUGGCCCCCAGAGAGCUGGAUGAACAAGGUCCCCCUGGGGCUCCCUGUCCUGAGAUGGACUGGGCAAAGGUCAUACCGGGUGAAGAGAGGGCCAGGACUGAGGUGGACCUGACAGCCACCAAACUAGGGAGCUUGAGGGCUGUGUGGAAGCCCUCAGGGGAGGGGUUCCCAGGUGGACCACUGGAACCACCAGAGGAUGAGUGCACUGAUCUGGGUUUUGAGGCCCACUGGUACUGGGGACAGGCCCAGGAUGAUGUGACCUUCUUAUAACAACUUUAUCCUCAUCUGUCAUCCCUAGGCCUUGGUCAUCCACAAAAAUGUCCUUUAAUGUGGGAUGAAGAUAGGUUGCCCUG